AAAUAAUAUGUUUGACGUUUAUGGUUUAUGAGAACUUUGCUACUUUAAGCAAACUUUAACUUUAUUUUACUUUUGCUUUGGAUUUACAUCUAGUUUUAUUGGCAAUACUUGUAAUUAGAUUAAGAAAUUUAUAAUUGCCAAUCAAGUAAAAGAUUGUUUACGUUCGAUUCAGCAAAUACAUCCGGUACGGGAAGGGUUAAUACACUUGCCAGAGAAGUUACUGAGCAACGUUUGAGUAUAUUAAUAUUGACUUAGAGGCAAAAAUGCCAGGAAUUGCUACCAUGUCUUUAGACAAUAUGUUUUGCACCCGUUGUGGGGAUGGCUUUGAGACCAAUGAAAAGAUUGUCAAUUCUAAUGGAGAGCUUUGGCAUACUAACUGUUUUGUAUGUGCGCAAUGCUUUCGUGUAUUUCCCGAGGGUGUAUUUUAUGAAUUCGAAGGUCGUAAAUACUGCGAACGAGAUUUCCAAGUGCUAUUCGCCCCUUGUUGUGGCAAAUGUGGUGAGUUUGUGAUCGGGCGUGUGAUAAAGGCGAUGAAUGCGAACUGGCACCCGGCGUGCUUCCGGUGCGAGGAGUGCAGCGCGGAGCUGGCGGACGCCGGGUUCAUCAAGAACGCCGGCCGCGCGCUCUGCCACGCCUGCAACGCGCGCCUCAAGGCUGACGGCCUGCAGAACUACAUGUGCCACAAGUGCCAGUCGGUACCACAAUCACUGUUCCUACUAUCACGAUUAUUAAAUCUCUCAAAUAUUUACUACUAAAUAUUACCAGUACCAGUUUUAGCACUAAUUAACCUAAUUUUAACAACCUUGGCGAGAUUUCUACGCCUCUGGAGGGGAU